AUGCGACCUGUUGUCGCUACUACUGCUACUACUCCAAACGGUGCAUCUGCCACUGGUAAUGAUAUCAGACAACGUGGAAUUGCUCCGGCUCCCUCAUUUGUGCCCAACUCGGCGGCUGAUGUACAUCACAGUUCGGACAUCCGAGUUGGUCGUCAUCGAGCGAAACUAGACGAGAUUCGGGCAUCUCUGAAAGCAUACGAACAUGAAUCAGGACCACCAACGUCUUCGAAUCACGUGCUACAUGGUUCUCAAACGACACCUUCAUCAUCUUCUGUCAGCCAUUCUGACAUCACCAACGACAACACGGAAGUAAUGAAUUCAUCUUCUUCAACUGCUGCGACGACGACGACGACAGUCUCGAGCGGUGUUGUAUCACAUUCGAAUUCUUUUCGAACAGAAGGAGGUCCAAAAAUGAGGAUAGCACCAAUGCCACAACGUCAUUUAAUGAUGGAAACAGGCAAUGAAAUGAUAUAUCGAACAGGGAAAGAAAUGAUUCGAAAUGGAAAUAUUCCAACCAACUCAACACAACCAACAGUAGAAGAAUCAAUUCGAAUAUAUCCAUCUGGAUAUCGAUAUGAAAUGCCGACUCCUGCGUAUCAUAUGAAUAACAAUGCACCUCAAUACUCCCCUGGAUAUUCCCGACCGCCUCCACCAGCCUACGAUGCAUCCCCAACGAAUACUCGCAUGACUCCAGUAGCUGCUGACAACUACCGUACUCACCUGCACAUCAAAACCCAACCAGCUCCAAAGAUUCAGACGAGUCAAAUUCUCCUUCAACACAAUAAGAAUAUGGCGCCACCUCCACCAGGGAAAUCCACGAUUUCUAUCGAGACAAUAAGCGAAGAACGAAAAGCUGAUAACAUCCAACGGUUGUAUCAUACGUCAAUGGACAAAAAGACAGCGAGCAGUGUUGUUAGUAUCAAUGUUGCAUCUCCGCAUACAACAAAAGUAAAUGUAGGAGACAGUCCUCUUCCAAGUAAAUCAUUCAUAAUUGGUCCGAGGUACACAACUGAUAUCGAUCGAUCGAAGAAUUUUGUGAAUUAUAAAGAUGAGUUGCGACCUGAUCCUCGUCUGAUUCCAUCAACAUCAGAUGCAAAUCAUGAAGAUUUCCGUCCGAUCCUUUUCAAACCAUCAAAUCUUGAUAUCACUUUCAAAUCCCGCCCACAAGCUCCGCCCCCUCAAUACAGUCAACCGAGUGAACCGCCACCGAAACGUGUCAGUUCUCCAAUAGAUCGUGCACUUCUUGAUCCAUAUUUGAAGAAUACAAGAAGAGUUCAACCAUGUAAACCGAAUAUGCUUCGAUUUUAUAUGGAACAACACGUCGAACGUCUUCUUCAACAAUAUCGAGAAAGAGAGAAACGAAUGCGACAGUUACAAAAAGAGAUGGCUGCUGCACAGCUUCCGGAUAUGAUGAGAGAGAAAAUGUUGGGCAUUUUACAGCAAAAAGAGUCGAGAUAUACGAGAUUAAGAAGACAAAAAAUGAGUAAAAGUCAUUUCACUGUUAUCUCUCAUAUUGGAGUUGGAGCAUUCGGAAAAGUAUCGUUGGUACGGAAAAAGGAUACGGGAAAGGUUUAUGCAAUGAAGAGUUUGGAGAAGGCGGAUGUUAUUAUGAAACAACAGGCUGCCCACGUGAAAGCAGAAAGAGAUAUUCUCGCCGAAGCGGAUUCUCCUUGGAUCGUUCGUCUUUUCUUCUCGUUUCAAGAUGAUUCUUGUCUCUAUUUUAUCAUGGAAUAUGUUCCUGGAGGAGAUAUGAUGACUCUGUUGAUUCAAAAAGGAAUAUUCGAAGAACCACUUGCGAGAUUCUACAUAGCUGAACUCACAUGUGCAAUCGAAUAUGUUCAUUCCGUUGGGUUUAUUCAUCGAGAUCUGAAACCGGAUAAUAUUUUAAUUGAUCAACACGGACAUAUCAAAUUAACCGAUUUCGGAUUAUGUACUGGAUUGAGAUGGACUCAUGAUAGGAGAUAUUAUGGACCAGAAAACGAACAUCAGCGUGUCGAUUCAUUUUCACUUCCACCAGAAGUUGGAGCCAACGAUCGAAGUGCCAAAUUACUGAAUGUCCGACAACAAACACGCCGAAAAACUGCGCAUUCUCUGGUCGGAACUGGAAAUUAUAUGGCACCCGAAGUGAUUGCAAAGACAGGACACACGCAGAGUUGUGAUUGGUGGUCAACUGGAGUGAUUUUGUACGAAAUGGUAUUCGGAAGAGUCCCAUUUCAUGAUGAUGUUCCCGGUGGAACACAACAUCGCAUCAAGAAUUGGAGGCAGUAUUUGGAUCUCACUUAUUGUGGAAAUCUUUCGAAAGAGUGUCUCAUGAUGGUUCAGCAACUAAUUUGUGACGUCUCAACUCGAUUAGGAUCUCGUGGUGGAGCUGCUCAAGUCAAACAACAUCCAUGGUUUAAGGGUAUUGAUUGGGAGAAUCUGAGAAAGUUGAGAGCUGAAUAUAUUUAUAUUCCAAGAGUUGCACAUGAUGAAGACACUUCUAACUUUGAAACAUUUCAAGAUAAUGACCGAACUGACAAACCAAACGUGCGUGGUCUCCACAAUCCAGCCUUCUACGAAUUCACUUAUCGUCAUUUCUUUGAUACGGAUUCCGUUGGGUGCCCAUCACUCCGUCCCGCCCGUCGCCGAUCACUUCGUCCACUUCUGGAGAAUGGUAUUUUUGAUGAAUCAGUUUCUGAAGAAGAUUCAUCAUCUCAUAUUUAA